AUGAGAUAUGCAAGACGUGUACCUGUGACCCUCAAUAGGGGACCAGUUGUCAUAGGAACGAGGGAUGUGAUAACAGGAAAUGAUGUCAUCAACAACCGACCAAUUGAAUUUAAUUCCACACGGAAUAUGGAUCAGUUCUUUAACUGCGAUAACAAAACCACAAACUUCGACCCACAGAAUUUGGCAAAAGGGACGGAGGACAAAAGUAAGAAAUCCCGUAGUAAAAAUUCCAAAGGCAAAACAACAUGGCAAGAACUCUCACCAAAGAAGGAGAGAAAGUCGCUGUUAUCGGGUGAAAGUAGUGGCAGUGGGAGUUCCUCCACAGCCAGUAGCCCGACAAAAUCAUGGAAAAGUUCGGAAAAGGGAACGAAUCAAAAUCAGAUGUUGACAUGGCGUGAUGUGUCUCCAACAAAAUCUGACCGUGGAAUUGUUUCUUCGUCAUCUGACUCUCAGUAUAGUCCAAAGCGUGAACCAGGACGCCUGUCAUCAUCCUCCGACUCUCAGUACAGUCCCAGACGGGAUCACACACGCCAGCUAUCAUCAUCAUCAGAUUCACAAUAUAGCCCUCGACGCGAAAAAUUAUCCUCCUCAUCCUCUGACUCACAAUACAGUCCAAAACGUAGACCCAACAGGGGUCAACGAGGGUAUAUACGCAGCCCAGAACAUGCAUGUUCACGGCACAGGACUGGUAUUGUCAAUCAAAAUGAGGCUUAUAAAGUUCAGGAUAGCCCUGAACAUGGACAUGACCGAUUUUCUCCUCCAUCCCCAUCACGGGGUUUCCCAGCAGCAGGGGCCAUGGAUGAUGCGACUAGUAAUGACUAUUUUUAUGAUGAGGAUUUCACCGUUCAGUUUGACACAAAUCUCCGUGAAUCUUCGCCAGGAGUCAACUGCUCGUGUGUUGAUCCUGAUCUUAUGAUUGGAUUUCCUCAUGUAGUCACCGGGAGUUACCUCAGCUUUGGGGGCGAAGCAAAGGGAACAAAUAUUAUAGAUCAGAAUUCAACAGAACUCUUUUGUCCGGAUGAGUCAGAAUUAUCUUACAGUCGUAAUUCGGCUAUGGAUGUGUCGACAAGUGAGCGUGAGAUGAUGUGUUCAAGUGAUAUGCUGGACUUUAGUGACAACCCCUUGUUUACACCAUCUCCAACAGGGGAACUUCAUGGUGCAGGAGAUCUUCAUGGUACAGCGGAACAUGUGAUGACUGACAGCCUUGAUAAGGUCACUGUCAAGUCUCAAAACAAUAUGGAAAUGUCAUCCAGUCGUACAUCAAGUGAAAAUAAUUUCUGUCUCAACUGUUGUCCCAGGAAAGAUGAAUACCAUUUAUCAUUUGUUGGGUCCCAGGGGAGUAAGGGAUCUGGCUCUGACCUUGAAAAUUCUCUGACUUCAUUAGAAUCAGGUCAAGGUCGUUAUAGUCAGCAACAAGGAAGUGUGUGUUCUACAGAUGGAGAGGAAUGCUCGGACAGUUUUCAUUUCUGUUACUCGGGAAGUGGGCCCCACGUGGGCCAUGGUAAGGUGAAGGGUUUGGGUUCGCGGGGCCAGAAGUUUCAAGCUCUAGGAGGUAUACAGGAAACAUCGAUGGAACAUUCUGUGUCUAGUGAGGACUCGGUUAAUAUUUCUCCUAAACUUACCCCAACCUCCAAACAGGACCUCAAACUCUUUGGUUCUGGGACCCUGCCCCGACAUGUCAGUGGUCGAGGUUGUCAGGUUACCUCCCCUAAAAAACGUUUUCAAGCCUUGACUGCAGGUCAUUCCCCGUCAAGGUCAACACUACCUCUUGGUGGUCGACAGAGGUCAAAGAAGGUGACAUCUUGGAGACAGGUAAAGAGUUUGCGGCGAUUAGGUAAAUUAGAGAGUGUGCUGGAUCCAUCGCGGAGUACAAGUAUGCCUGAUCUAUGUCUCCACCAAGCUUGGCAAUCAUUAUCAUCGCAGGACAUUCAGCGAUUAGCCGAAAGCUUUCAUAACAAACGCCAUUCGGCUUACUUAUUGGAUUUGUACCAAAGAGCAAAGGACCAAUCCAAUCCUGUGUCUCCUGAAACAAUGGCAAACAUCGAACAGAUUCUGUUCCAACAUCCGCUUAAUCAGCUUCACCAUCACCAUGCCGACCACUCACUGGCCCAUCCCAACAACAACUGUAGUGAGAUAACUCGUGAGGACUCGUACAGCGAUCAUACUCUCACCAACAGUCAUGCCCAUCCUGGCCCUGCAGCCUCUCCCCAACCUCAUCCGCUUCAGUACUCUACCCGUAAGCGCAUUCUUGAUUGGCUGGAAAAGGAGAAAUUUGAUGCUACCAAUAAAUCUAAGGGGUCGCAGACAGAGGUGACCAAGUGCACAAAAGAGACAGUUGUCUCCCCUACGACAAUCACACUCUGGUGCGGAACUAAAAACUUUAGCUCCCAGUUUCCGCCAAGUAUGAAAGAUUGUGCCAUACAAACAACUGCUACGGAGGACGUAAAACCCAAAAAACCAAGCAUGCAUGACUCAUCUCAACAAACAACACCAAUAUCAGAAAAAAAUUCAGUUCUGUCAAUGUUACCGGAAAGCUUUAAUGACCUAAAUGAAAUUUUGCCAAAAUUUGAGCCCCCUGAUGGCAAGAAAUCUAAAGGAGUAAUACCUCGGUCCAAAAGUGCUGACAGUGCUCGGAAGAAAUCAUCAUUAACGGUUGGAAUCUGUGAGAAAAACACUUUUUAUUCCCACAAAUCCCUGCCAGAUCUGAGCUUCCUGUCUGCAACUGUUUUUGCGACAGAUUCUGAAAUCUCACUCUUUGAUCCACUUCCCUUAAACCUCCCACUACCAGUAUUCUCAGAGAGCGAGGAAUAUGCAAAAACUCAGGAAUAUAUCCGCAAUAAGGCUGCCUACAAUUCUCACUAUGGGCGACAGGAGGCACCGUCCGGUGCUAACUACAAACGGUCGCGCUCUGCGCCCCCACGUAAUCCCAUCAACGCAAAUCUGUCUCGGAAUUGUGCAGAAUCAGGAUCAAGCAGCAGUGGGUUUAGUACAAGUUCAACAUCCUCAGGAAUUGAUCCUGGGUAUAGUGAGCCACGCUCUUUCCACAAUGGUAGUCCCUCUAAUGACAUAGAAAGAUUGCUCUUCUACCCGCCCCAUGUGGAAAUCUCCAGUUCCUCAAAAUCCCCGUGUAAUGUCUGUAAAUCCGAGGAUGGGAAUGACAUUGGGCAGAUCUCUUCAGGUCCACCUCCACAUCUUCUGACCAAUCAGCUUCAAGGAAACAACAAAACCUUGGUACGACCUACAGCAGAGAAACCAGAUGAUAAGAAGAUACACCGUUACACAAAUGAGGUACAUCCAGGAAUGAUGGAUGUAAGACAUCGACCCAAACAGCCAGUAAAGCCUGUGGUUGCCUCCACAGUUACUCCAAACUCAUCACAUCUGGAGCAUUUGUAUGUUUUACAAGAAGAGCAGACACCAGUAUCAUCACCGGAACGUGUCAGUCCGAGUCCAUACAGUGGUCGCUUUGACCACACCCUACAGUGUUGUCAUGACAACUGUACCUGUUAUCUGAGCUUGGAGAAUGAACGUUUGGCAGAGUGGCGACGAGAUCAGCUGAUUCUCCGUAGGAAACUAGACUACCAGAUUCAGCUGUCAAGUGAAUCAGGGUCAUCGUCAAGCUCGAGCUUAGUUCCAAAUAUUGACAAGAAGCCUUUGAAGUCUUGUCUUCGUAAGAAGCAGGUCCUAAGGUCAAGGUCAAUGUCAGAGCCAUACCUAAUACAGCAGAUUGAAGGACGUAGACUUCAAGGUCAAAAGGUCAAUCGUCAUUCUUAUGCCUGUGAGGAGAUUUACCUGCUGCAGGACGAGACUGGUGAGUAUUUCCUGUGUGAGAAUAAGGAUGAAACAGAAGAAGAAGAGGUAGAGGACGAGGAAGAUGACGACAAGGACACCAGUGAUCCUGUAAUGUUUUACCUAGAGGAUGACAGCGUAGGAAACUCACAAACUGUGCGUCGGCGACAGAAGAAACCUGUCGAGGAGAAGAAAGAAAGCUGCGAUGAUUCAUCCGACAAGGAACUCAGUGGGAAGCGUAAGAGUGUUAGCUUUGCCUCUGAGGUGUCUUUCCAUGCUAUCAGUCCACAGGAUUCUCCAAAACGUCGUGACACUCAUAGCGAUACUGAUGACUGCGAGGACAUGGAUACUAAUAAACAGACAAUGGAUUGUUCACCAAAGGAAAGUCCUAGGGAACAGUCGGCAGAGUUGACAGCUACACCAGAGUUACCAGAAUCUACUCCCAAACCAAUCAGUGCCCAGACAUUAGUAAGCAGCCUGGCCUCUUCAGCAGACUCUGACUCUGCUCCACCAGCCGAGUUCCUUCUAUCACCACCUCAACCGGAGCCCCAAUCAUCUGCUUUCAGCCAUGCCCUCGCUCUCGGUCCUGAGACUGCACGCCGAAGAGUGAUGCUGCACGAGGUUUCUGCAGCUGCCGAAUCUUUAGUCAGACAUUUCGCAAAAGCAAUGAAUCCUUUCGACAAGUUGCGACUAGGGAGUACGGCAGAUAGCCCAGAAGUGGGAGAACUGGUAUUAUCCACUCUGUGUUCAGUCUUGACCCGUGUGGUCAGUGACGGGAUGAAGCCCUACCUGGCCGGUGUCCAAGUGUUUGGUCGUGUCCAGGUGACUGUGUGGAAGGUAGCGGAGGCUUCAGGUGAACAAGGUCCAUAUACUAGGGCAGUACACGAGCUUGUUCAACAACUCAAAGCAAACAACGGACUUACAACCAAUACCAUGAAGUUUGAGGCUUUCAUCUUCAGCCUUCUUAAUCUGCGUCUUCUGGAUUAUUGGAUGGGCUAUUUAAGGUACAGUGAUGCUAUCACAGAGAAGUAUUACAAUGCAGAUGGAGUUAUUGUUCUUGGUCGCACUGCCCACCAGGUGGAGUAUGAUGAAAUGCUGACAUCUCUCCAGGCUCUUGCAGUAUUGCCAUUCCAGCUGGGACUCGACUUCCUGACAGAGAAAUAUGCAAAAAGUAAAUCUGCUUCCCCUUCACAUAGCCCCUGUAAGGGUCUUCCCCUGGGAAGCCCAACAGAUGACAGACAGGCUCCAGCUAAGCCCCCACGACGUACCCCAACUGGUAUCACCUCAAAAGCAUGGGAUUGGCUCAAAGGUGGAACUACAGAAACACCUGCAGAGCCAGCUGUGGCAGAGUCCAAUGGCAUGAUUUCCAGUUUCACGGGAAUAUUAGGAAAAUGGACCGGAUGGGACACCUCAAAAGGGGAUGGGCUUCAAGCUCCUCCUACUAGUUGUCCGUCACAAUCACCUACCAAUCAGAAACAGUCGCCUCAAAAUGUACUCAUGGUCGAGAAUGAAGUACAAGAACCAACUGCUUCACUACAAAAAUUGUCAGGAAGAUGUCCUGUUGCCGAAGCAGAAGAUCUCCAAGAUUGUGAGAUGGAAUCUAAGGGAGACAAAUCCUGUUCUCCUGUCGACGUUAAAAAAGAAGAGGAGCUCGUAUCAGAAACUGUGGUAACUAAAGAAACGUCUCCCAUUCAUCAAAAGAGUUCAAAUGAAAAGAAAACAAUUGAGAAGAAAAAAGCUCCUGAAAAGCUUGAUCCUGACAAGGAAGAAGAGAGCCCAGUAAACGCGGAGAAGACUAUGAUUGAAUCAGUGACCGGCAUUACACAGAAACUUCUUGGUAUGGGCAGCCAGAAGGAAAAACCAGCCUACAGGAAGGGUGUUACUGACUAUGACUUCAACAAGGAGCAGGGAGAGAAAACGGAAGGAGAGAAAAAGCUGGAAAAUGAUACUUCUGAAACGUCAACAGAGAGUCCUAAAUCUCCAGCUCAGGAGAGUUCUAAAGUCAAUACAGAGGCAGGUGCAGAUGAAAAAGAUGCUCCAGUUACAGACAAACCAGCAAAACCAGAGGGAGAGAAAUUACAGACAUCAGCAGAACGCAAGUCCAUGAUCCCCACGGCAACCUCUCGCCCGAGGAAUUUGGGGACAGCCAAGGGAAAGGUGGAGGCUAAACCAACAUCAGGGAAAAACAAAUCAGGCUUGAUAAAGCUGUUUGAUAAAUUGUUGUUGCCUAAGGAUAGUACUACAACACCAAAAGCUGCACCAACCUCACAAAUUCCCAAGAUUAAGAACCGAUGGAGCUGGGGUGCAGGAGCACAGAAUCCAGUGCCAGACAACGCAAAAACUGGUGUUGGAGCCCGACCCAAAUCUGUUUGUGUCAUGAAGACAGAAUCUACUCCAAAACCAGCAAGCACUGCUCCAGCAAAGAGGAGACCCAUUACUACAACAACCAAGGAGGAGCCAAAAAACUUGAAUGCCUCCCCAGUGACAAGAGUGGGAAGAGACCAAAAUGGUGGACUCGCAAAAGAUCAAGCAGAAUUAAACGCGACUCAGAGUAAAGGGGACGCAAUUAAGGAUGCAGACAUGUCCGUUCAAAAUGCCCAAAAUGGGGGACAGGAUCAACUUCUCACUAUCCAGCUGGAUCAGACCACUGGGGAGGCGUCACUACACCAGACCUUUCAUGUUGACGAUAACGGAGAGGCAAAACUGAGACAACGGUACCAGCUGGAACAGACGGGCGAGGCGCGCGACCAAAACCUCACUGUACAGUGGGACCGAUGCAGUCCUGUAAAACUGCAACAGACCGUUCACCUGGACCAGCGCCAAGCCAAGCUGCACCAGACCGUAGAAGUCGACCAGGAGACUGAAGGAACAGCACCAGUCAAGGUAGGCCAGGGGGCAGCACUGGCAAAGACAGGGCAAGUAUCUAACAAAGCAGACAGCAAGGAUGAAAAUACAGGUGAAGAUCAGGAUGAAAGUAAGGGAAAGAAGGGAAAAGGGGGAGAUAAAAAGGCUGUGGCGGCUGGACGUGCUGCAUGGAAAUCUGUAGAAAGAGGACCCACUCUAUUUCUACCAACUAACUGUAAAUUCCUUGACAAUAUCGAAAAACGAAACAGUGACCCGGAGUCACCCAAGAGAAAAGCAUCACCCAACAGAAGGUCCACACCAUCCAGCACAAAUUCAAGCCCAGCAAACUCACCGAAGUCACCAAGGGCAAACAAGACGCGGAGGCGAUGGUCUCUGCAUGGCAACUCAUUAAAAAAGGACCCUGCUGACCUUGAUAUUCUGAAUUCGAACCCAUCUGACAACAAAGUUCUUAAGUCUGCUCCUACAACUCCAUCCAAGGGCAAGACAGUGAAGGCCGACCAAUCAAACAACACCUCAGAUAAAUCAGACCAAUCAAAACAAAGCAAAUCUGAAAAAUCGAAAAAUGCUGCAAAAAAUUUGGCCAAUGGAAAAGCAGCCAGUGGUGAUAAAGAGAAAAAGAAACUAGCCAAUCAAAAAAGUAACAAAGAGGAGAAAGCAAGUAAUGAAAAGAAGAGUUCUGAUGAGAAAGAAGAAGGAGAAUUUCGUUUCCUCAAACCCGUCUAUAGGUACAUCCAGACUCUGAAGGCAUAUGAGGCCACUGACCCGUCGUACCUGUCAUAUGGUGAAGGGGAGUACUUUGAGGUGCUCGCACAGAUUGAUGCAAUUCGACUCUUCUGUGUCCAGGGAAAGAAAGAGGGUCUUAUUCAACUUGAGGCUGUCAAGUCUGUCACUGACAAGGAUGAAUUCCAUGUUCUGCAUGACAAUUUUUAUCGAUGAUAUUAAUAGAUUAUUGUGUGCAUCUUCAGUAGAACUCAAGGGAGAUAAUCUACUCCGUAAUGAAUAGAAAAAGGAUUGUUACUUGGAAAUGGACAAAGUCUUUGAUGCUGAAAGGCCAUACACAAAAAGGAAAGAAACAGCAAAGGAAAUAUUUGAAAAAUAUUGAUAAAAUGUGAUCUUCAUGAAAAGAGUACUGACAAAGGGAGGUAAUUGUGUGAUCUUUGGAUUGUGUGAUGUGAUAUCUAGAGUGAGAGAUCAUUAGAUGUAAUACUUUUGGUGAUAUUCUCAUAGUUCAAAUGUUUAGAUUUUAUUUCAUGUUCUAAGAAAAUUUUAUCGCAUACUUAACUUUUAUUCUUAAGUGAUAUUAUGUAUAAUUUAGUGUGUUGUUUUAUAUCGAAGAUGAAAAUGAUUCUAGAAUAUACAUAUGUUAGGAUAUAAUUAUUGUAAUUAACUGGAGGGUACAAUGGUGUAACAGACAUAAACAGACACCAUGGUAACAUAUUUCUUUUGGUUCUAAGGGAAAUAUAGGUAACCAUGACAACACACACUGGAGAAAAGGCAAUAAACCAGUUGGAAUAUGCAAACAUUUUGUGUCAAGUGAAGCAAGGAUUUUGCCUGUGAGCUCACAAGUUCGGAAUAUGGAAAAAUGCUGUUGAUAGAUGUUUUUCAUUGAGGAGUUAAUAGGGUAUAUACAGUACUGGUUCUAUUGUCAGUGUCUUAUUGUCCUGUAUUUGUCAUUGAUAUUAGGUUUUCUUUUUAAAACAAAUAUUUAUAAAACUGUCCAUUUGAUCAAAAAUGAAAUCUUUAACUACAUCAAACAUUGACCUCUGCAUUUGAUGCAUCAAAAUCUGCAACCUCUUUUUUUUUUUUUUAAUCGAGAUACAAAACAGAGUACAAAUAAAGAGAGGAUAUUUUGAAACAUUUGUCCUUUACUUGUCAAAUAUAUGGUUGAAACAAACAAAAUUUCACAGAGUUAUAUAGAUUCAAGUAGAAUUACAAUAAGGUGUUACAGAUGCUUGGUAAUCAAGGAUUUAUAAUCUUAUUUAAAGUCUGUAACUAAAACGCAGAUUUUUUUUGCAUGUUUUUCCGUUGAAUAUCAUAUUUAUUUAACAUGCAGAGGGAAUUUUGUCAUACAUGUAAAAAAAAAUUACAAUCAACUGAAAAUCAUUUAUCCUUUUAAUAUCAUACAAAUAAUGUGCUAUUAAAAGAAAUUUUAGAGAAUUUUCUACCAACAAUGCUGUAAGCUGACAAGCAAUAUAGGUGUAAGAAUUAGGAUUCACUUUUAGGUUCACAGGUUUUCACCUUGAUUCAGUUUGUAAAGUAAGUAUUAUAAAUAUCUCUUGUAGAAGUUGUAUGUUUAUUGUAGCACUAUUAGGGCACAGACUGAUUCCAGGCCUUCUGUUCCAUUUUCUCAAUCUUUCAUUUAUUGAUAAUGUAUACAAAAAUAGAAAAAAAAAACCAUCAUCAUAUUAAGUAUCAUGUGAUGUGUUAAAAACUUGCUGAUAAUCAGUUGGACCUAUCUUUGAAGUCAACAAAAUAAUGAUACAAAUUUUCAAAAUCAAUUUUUUUACAGGGAACAAAUCAUGUGCUUGUAUAUUCAUAUUCAUCAUGAAGAUUGAUAGUUGUAUUUACAAUUAAAUUCUGACUCCAUAAUCACCAACAUUGAUUCAUGUUGAAGUGAAGACUUUGGCAGAAUGAAAACAGAUUGAACUGAAUUGUAUCAGCAUAUUGACAAAGUGUCUACAGAUUGUGAAGUGUAUGAUAUAUAGGGGUGAUAUUUGUUUACGUUUGCAUGAGUUAUCUCCCUUCCUAACAGUCACCAUGUACAGCAUUGUUAUGGCACUGGAUUUGAACCAUGACAGUGUAGAGAAAAGACGGUCAAGUCUUUAAUUAAUAAGAAGAAAGUUUACAUAUUCUUAACUUUAGUGCUGCUAGUUUAACUUAUAUCGUUAGAUCAGCCCGAUGUGGAAUGUUUCACAACCUGCUCAAAUCGGGGAAAAUGCUGGAAUCACCAGAUAGUUCAUAACUUAAAAAAUAAAGAUCACCAAUUUAUGUAUUGAGGGUACCUGUUGGAAAAGGAAGUAACUCUUUUAUCUGUAAGUGCAAAAUGAAGAAUGUUUGCAAAUCAAAGUGAUUUAUCCAUAAAUGUUCUUAUAUCUACCCUGUAUCAUUCAUCCCAUUAACUUGAUGUUAAUUUCAAAUUAUUCUAUUUGAAAAAAUAUGAUACCAGUCUAUGUGAUAUCAUUUCUGUGUAGUUAUAUACACAUGGUUUCUUGUGGGGAAGAUUUGUCUCCCCUUACAGUCAUCACCAUAACUUGUGGGAAAAACAGUAUUUUACAUUGCUUUGUAUAAUAGCUCAAUCCAUACAGGUGUCCAGACCUGCCACCCCUCCUAUUUUGAUCAGUCCAGAGUCGUACCCGUCACAUAUAGGGGAGGAAGGAGGGGCGCCACACUUAAUGAAGGAUUUGUAACGAUUCUAUCCUGACAGGUGUUUUAAUUUGGUUGAAUGGUGAAGAAGCAUGUGUUCAAAGCUGCAUAUUCAAGUUUCGUUGCAAUUUUCGUUUUAUGUAUUUCGUUUCAAAUUAAUAUGUAUAAAGCUAAAUUGAAUAUGGAUUGAUUUGUCGAAGGAUUUUGUUAGAAAGUCUCAUGAUAACCAAUCAUUCAUCUCCAGAAGGAUUUUAGUACAGAAUCUCAUCACUCUAUGAUAUAAGGAUAUUAUCAAAGAUUGUGUAUCUCUCAUUCACAUCAGAGUUAUUAUUCAAUAUAUAGACAAUAUAGGGCUGGAUUACAUCAUAACAUUACACCCAAAUAGUCAUCUGCUGUGGAGGUCAAAGUUCACCUUAUAACCUAGUUUGUAUUUCAUGUAAAUAGUUGAAAGGAACAUCUUAUUGUCGGUAAAAUGUAUGGUCAUUGGUCUGUUUGGGAUGUCAACUUAUUAUUUCAUACUGGAGAAUGUACUUCCAGUUUAGAUCUGAUCCUGCUGGACUCUGUGUAAAUCUUGAUCCUUUGUUAUCUAAAUCCUAAACACCAUUUUAGCAAAAUAUUUCUAAUUAAUACAAUUAAUUUCAUCUCCAAAUGUAAAGAUAUUACUGCAUUAAUACCAUGUAAAUCAAUUUUUAGUGUUAAUUUAUAUUACUAGAACCAGAUUCCACCACUCUAUAGGUCAUCAAAAUGUUUGUAUCCAGUUCAGUGUUCUGAUAACUUUUUAAGGUUCUAACAGGACUUGACUCUACUGCUCCUUUAUAGAUCACCAAAAUGUUUGUACUAAGUGGUUACUCAAAAAGAAUAUACAAAAUAGAACUAGAUUCUGAGAUCACAGAAAUGUUUGUAUACAGUGCUUGUUAGUGGUUACCCAGUAAUAAUUCUAAUUGAUCUAACAACAGUAUUUAUACCAUCUAUUUGCCCACAAGAGGAUCUGUGUCAGUCUUUAAAGUCAACUCUCACUUUAAUUAAUGCCAUUAAGAAAUACUUUUUUUUUUUUUUAAAUUUGUCUUGAACAAGUCUCUACUAGUCACCAUAGAAUUAAACAUAAUCUGAAAUGGAGAUCCAGAUGUGGAACAUCAACAUCCAGCAUGUCCUGUUUUAGUGUUCGGAUAACGUGAGAAGUAUAAACAAAAAUAAAAAUAAACACAUUCUUGUGAAGACUUAAGUGUUUAAAGUAUUCUGAGCCAGUAUCUGAUCUUUAUCAGUUCACCUCAAAAUCUCAAAUAUAUUAUAGCAUGUUUUAUCUUUUAAUUCCAACUUUAAUCUGCCACAUAAAAGCAUCAGUUGAAUAAUUCCAUUUAAAGUAAGAGUUUCCUUAAUUUCUCAAAUAUCCUAUGUAAUUGAUUCUUUGUAACUGUCUGGAUUUUGUGGUUUCACAGAUUUCAGAAGUGGAAAUGGCUCUCUCUGCUGUGUUACUGGAUGCUCUGCAUUCUUCUCCUUUCACAAUUUAUAAUAACAAAGUACAGUCAUAUUUCCGUUUAUCAAGAUAUGUAUAUCCAUCUCUUCAAAUAUUCUUCAGUCUGAUUAGCAUAUUCAUCUUCUUAAUUUACAUAAAAUUCAUUUGCAUAUAAACUCUAGAUAUUGAAACUCAUUUACAUAUUCAUUUUUGAUGAUCAUAUUCAUCUUCUAGAUAUAAAUAUUCAUUAACAUUCAUCUUCUAGAUAUGAAUAUUCAUUAACAUUCAUCUUGAUAUUUGCAUUACCUGGGUAAUAAUUAUAAUGAAUACUUUUCUUUAAGGCUAUUCCGUUAUUCAUAUAUAUCUUUCAGAAUAUUUCAUUGUUUGAAAUAGUAUAUGUAGUAUGUAUUCAUGCAUGUUCAUUUCACAACAUAGUACAUUCAGUAUAGACAUCUAAUGAAGAAUAUACCCUUGUAUGUAGAUAGGUGUCCACUCUGUCUUUGUGAUAAUUCAGACCCUAGGGUGAUCCUACCAAUGCAUGUGGCACGAGAUCUCAGAUUUUUUUUUUAGUAAUAAAUAUUGUUGCAAAUUUCUUACUAAACAUUUAUUCUGAGAUCCAGCUCUCAUGAAAUACAAUUUUGUUCAGUGUUUCAGUUGAGACUGUUUAGUUGACCUAAGGUCAACAUGAACAGGUAUCCAUUUUAAAAUGCUUCAUACAUUUUGUUCUCUCUGUGUUACAUUUUUACCUUGAGUGCAAUAUUUUUCCUUUUUAUUUUGUUCAUGUCUGUUAAGUUAUUUAUUGAGGAUAUAUUGAUGUUUUACGUCAUUCUUGUGAUGAUAAUUUAAAUAUGUCUCUAGGCGACCAUACUCGUGUUGUUGACAACAUUUUUGUGAUAAUUCUGUUUUAUUGCUUUUCUGUGACUAUAAUAAAGCAUUACUUACUCA